AUGAGCCACCUCUUCGGUCCCCGGCUGCCCGCUCUGGCCGCCUCACCCAUGCUGUAUCUGUACGGCCCCGAGAGCCCCGGGCUGCCUCUGGCCUUCGCCCCCGCGGCCGCUCUGGCUGCCUCGGGCCGGGCGGAGCCGCCCCAGAAGCCGCCCUACAGCUACAUCGCGCUCAUAACCAUGGCGAUCCAGGAUGCGCCGGAGCAGAGGGUCACGCUGAACGGCAUCUACCAGUUCAUCAUGGACCGCUUCCCCUUCUACCACGACAACCGGCAGGGCUGGCAGAACAGCAUCCGCCACAACCUCUCGCUCAACGACUGCUUCGUCAAGGUGCCCCGCGAGAAGGGGCGGCCGGGCAAGGGCAGCUACUGGACGCUGGACCCUCGUUGCCUGGACAUGUUCGAGAACGGCAACUACCGGCGCCGGAAGAGGAAGCCCAAGCCAGGCCCCGGGGCCCCGGAGGCCAAGCGGGCCCGCGCCGAGACACAGGAGCGCGGCUCGGAGGCGCAACCCUGGGCGGGAAGCGGGCCAGGGCGCCGAGGCCCCGCGACCCCACGCCAGGAGGGAGCGCCCGCGCGCCCCUCUCCCCUGCGCGACGGCUCCUCUCCGCCCGCGCCCCUCCACCGGCCUGGGCCCGCGUCCCUGGAGGAGGAUGGGGGCGACGCUGUCCAGGGCGCCGCGGCCUUGGCCUUAGGCCAGCCACCUCGCAGGGCAGAUGGCCAGGCGUCCCCCCCACACCCUGCUUCCCACGGCUCUCCGAAGAGGUCCGACAAGUCCAAGAGCUUCAGCAUAGACAGCAUCCUGGCGGGACGGCGGGGUCAGAAGCCGGCUGGAGGGGGAGAGCUCUUGGGGGGCGCCAAGCCGGGGCCCGGCAGCUGUUUGGGUGCCUCACUCGUGGCCCCCUCCUCAAGCCUCCGUCCGCCUUUCAACGCUUCCCUGAUGCUCGACCCCCAUGUCCAGGGUGGCUUUUACCAGCUCGGGAUCCCUUUCCUGUCCUAUUUCCCUCUGCAGCUUCCCGACACUGCGCUUCCCUUCCAGUAAGGCCGGCGGUGGCACCGGGUCC